UAUACCCUAUUAUCAGAAUAGUAUAUAUUUUGUUUUAGACUAUAAUGAGUAGCUUUUAUAGAGACUUGUUGGAUCAUGGGAAUGAAGAUUCUGAGAUGUCGGAAAUUGGCCCAGAAGACAUGGACAAUAUAAUUAAAGGCGUGGAUGACAUGGAUGAUGCUCUUUUUGGAUUCAAGACAAAGCAACAAGACAGCCAAAAAUUGAAACCUGCAACUGAUGAACCUAAAGUGUCUGAACGACCAAAACUACAAGUAAAAAAGCAUUCCAAUGUUUCAGAUUUCCCUGAGGGAGACUUGUUGGCUGACAUAUCACUUUCAGACGAUGAAUUCUAUGAUUUAGGAAAGAAGCCUCCUUUAGACAGCAAGAGUCGUGAUAAAGUCCAAAUUUCAGCACCAGAGGAGGUAAAUCAGGACAAGUUAGAUAAAUCUAAGAGAAUUGCCAACCUUUUUGGGCUGGAUGACAGUGACGAUGUUGCGGCAGACUCUAAGAAAAAACAGCAGGGAGCGGCAGAUUGGCUGGGUAUAAAGGAAAGCCCAGUCAAAGCAGCAAGCGUAUCUUUGUCAGAUAAUAAUCCGGGGAUUCUGAGUAGAAAAAAUAGUCUCACAGCCACUACAGGUGGAGUAGGUCAAAUUGUGGCUAAAAGUUCAAGGGAAACUAAAAAUAAUGAUAUAACAGAUACAAAAACACAAUUGGCCAAAGUCAUCACUUCUGCAGAAAGUGUUGAUGUUAAUAAACCCUUUGAAAAACCAAAAGCUGACGUAAAAAGAACUGAUUUUCCCAAGGUUAGAGGUGCAAAAACAGUUGAAGUUUAUGAUUUAUUGGGUGAUAAAGCUGAAUUAAAAUCUGCAGAAAUUAAAGAAAAGAAAAGUGCGAUAUUUGAUGAGUUGUUUGGAGACCAUGAUGCAUCAAGGAAUAGUGUGAGCAGGAGAAACUCAGCUGGAAAAAUUCUAGAGGAAAAAAUAAACAAUGAAGCGACUGACAACAGCGUGGAGAAACCAGGGCAGUACACUCCAUCGUCAGGGGUGGCUCGAAGACCUGGAUUGGGCAGACGCAGGGAAACCACCACACCCCCUGCUUCUCUGCUAUUUCAAGAAGACUGGUUGUUGUCUUCAAAUCAGCAGGAAGCCAAAAAAGAGAUUCCUCCAGUUUCUAAAAGUGAAGUGAAACCACCACCAGCAGAAGAGAGUCUACCUACGUGGCUAGGAGGCUCUGGUGUAUUACCAGAAGCCAAACCAGUAAUAAAACCACAGUCUAGUGCAGAGCAGGAAAUCCCUAUGGAGAAAACAGGUUUGUCAGAUAAACAAAUUUCUGAUAAACAAGGCCCUGUACUUGCUGCUCCACUAGAACCUGUAAAACAACAUAAACACCAACCAGAGGAUCAAAUCACACAGUCUGUUGGAGAGGCGAUGAUUCGUAAUUCAGAGCAGAGUCAGCAGAUGGCACUAGCUCUGCAGCGGACAGAGGCACAGCUGUUGGCUGCUGUAGAGUUGCAGACGGCGCAGAGCGACCUGGCAGCUGUGUGUGCACGACAACGUCGUCUGCUGGACAAUCAGGAGCGCCAACUUGCACAACUGGUGGCCCGGCAGACGGAGAGGCAGGGGCUGAUGGAGAGUCAACUACAGAAGCAACAGGACAGGAUACAGCAGCUGUUAGAGGUACUUUCAACUAAUACGUUACCUACAACAUUGGAUGUUGAAGCUCAUAGUCAAGCUUCGAAAGGUGUGGAGGUAAAUGAAGAUAAGGAACGGAAUAAAGAAGUUGUAAAUGACCUUGAGGUUGAAGUCCGGAAAGUAACCCUAGAUAAUGAAGAACUCCGACAGAAGAUAAAAUUGAUGGAAAAAUAUCACAAGAUGGAAUUUGAAUCUCUGGAAGUCCAGCACAGGAGAGAAAUCGAGUCAUGGGAAGAUCGACUUACCAAGCAGAAAGAGCUAUCAGAUCAACUAAGAGAUGAAUUCAAAGAAAGGAUUGCUCGACUUAAGGAGAAUGAAGCAGAGCUGAUUAAUGAGCACAACCAGAGGGUGCGGAGACUGAGAGAGGAGCAAGCUGAGGACAUGAGACAGCUGAUGCAAUUCCACAAGAUGUCCUUAGAGCAGUUCACAUUGUUCGGCCAGCUGGUGACUACCUCCUCAAGAGAAGAACACAAACCACCUGUCCAAACUUGGAAGCCUCUAGAAGCUAAUCAGAUAUCUGAGAAAGAAGAGGAUCUCCAUAGGAAAGAAAAGAUGUUGAAUGCACUCCAAGAGAAGUUGGAGAAACAGAGAGACUCGUCUGAAAAAGAGUUAGAAGAAAUGGAAGCAAAAUUGCAAGAUGAAAAAAUAAAGAACGAAGAAAUAUCAAAACAGCUAAAACAUGAACAAACUCAGCUCAAGUACAAACAACAACAGCUAAAUCAGGAAAAAAAGUUUAUGGAGGAACAGUAUUACGUUCAGAGGAAAAGCCUCGAGGAGAUGCAAGAGAAGGUGAUGUCUGAACAGACCCAGCUGGCAACAGACAAGUUGUCAUUGGCCGAAGAGAGAGCAAAACUGGAUGCACUAGCCAAACUACAAGGAGUUAGCGGCACUGCAUCUUUUGAUAUGAUACAGGCCAAGGCAGAAGUGCAUGGAGCUCUUGAAGCUGCCCGGACAGUCGAAGCAGAAGCUGUGGAAGAGAGGCGGAGACUGAGGGAGAGGGAACGUUUGCUGGAGACUCAGCGGUGGAAACUACGUGAGAUCGAAGAGGACUUAGCUGCAAAAUCUGAUUACUUUGAUCGUGUUGUGCAGGCAGCACAGGCUAGUCAACAAGAUAGCCAGAAGGCUCUGGAAGAGGCGAAGGAGAUGGAACAAAGAGCAAAUGAGAAGCUCCAAGAGGUAGAGAGAAGGAGGAAAGAAGUUCUGGAGAAAGAGCAGAGCUUGAUACGAUUGAAACUGGAUAUUACCAAGGAAGAAAUGCGACUAGAUAAGAAAAGACAACAGUUGGAGCUUGUCCUUCCUAAGCUGUCAUUUGAUGAAGCUCUCACUCUGCAGCCAAUAAAGGAUGUCAUUGAUCCUAAGAUGCUGAUUAUGAAGCUAAGAGCUGAAAGAGAACUGGAGGCCUUCGUUAAACCACAGACUGCAGAAGAAAACUAAAAUAUUUAAUAUUAGAGUUGAUUAUUUUUAUAUGGAUAUUCAAAACCAAAUAUUAGCUUGUAAGAAAAUGUGUUCAUGAUCUCUCACUUGUGUUACAACAAUAUUAAUAUUUUAUACAAUUAACAAGUGUUCUUUAUUUCUUUCUUACACAAUAUAAAUGAUGAUUCAGAAAGGAUUAAUAAAUAAAAGUACAUACAAUACAUGGAAGAAUAAAA